UAAGAUGCAGCAAUCUGGAGGCUACCUUGUACCAAAUGUGAGACCUGGCGAAUAUGUUGAACCAGUAGGUGGAUAUGUUAAUGACAGCAUUCACGACGAUUCGUUUGUUCUGGAUUCUUCUGGAUACGUACAGAUCGAGGCACGGAGUAUACCAAUCGCGACACCUGGUGUUUACGAAGCAAUACCAAACAUUUCAGGAGAAUUAGAAUCGACAUCCGAUAACUCAGUUUCAACAUUGCGGUCAUUUAAUGGAAGCAUAGUUCCAAUUGCACCAACAAUCAAACGUGCGAGUGAUCCAUGGAGAAGACGAUUCAUUAUAUUACUCAUCUUAUCCCUUUUAACUUUCUUUAUAAUUUUUGGAUUCAUGACAUUCUUCAUUGUGUUGUACCAGCAAAACGUAUAUUUUAACACGGACCACAAUAUGAAAAAUAAACAUGAUAAGGAGGUGACUAUUUCAUCGAAAAACACAACAACGGAAUCGCCAAUUGCCCCAUCCGGUCAAAUCGACAACGGGGUUUUCUUCUACAUUUCUUGUGUUCAUUGCGACUACGCUGAAGCAUAUCAAGAGUGUCAACAAAAAUCAGCAGAAAUUGCGAAUAUUCAAGAAGAGACAACAAUAAACAAAGUGAGAGACCUUCUCUACGAAAACGUUGGAACAAGUAAAGUUGAAGUUGAAGUGUGGAUUAAAAGAAUUUAUAAUCCUGAUUACGAGAAUUCACAUUUCACAGAACAUUUAAGUCCUGUUUUAGUACUGAGUGGCAAUAAUGAUAUGCCAAGGUUUUCACUAUCUUCACACGUUACAUCAAUACAAGGUGUUUUAUGUGAAAAAUGGCGAAAUCAGUGAUUAAGUUAUUGAAAUUAUUAUGAGGCAUAUUAAAGUUCGCACGGAUUACAAACGAAUGAUCAUUUCAAAUAUUUAAUAUUUGAAAUUUAAACAUAAAGCAUGAAUAAAAUUUAUCACUGUAUAUUUACCGUCAAAACUAGUUACCAAAAGAACAUGUUGAACAUUAACUGAGUUAAAUUACAGAAUUCGAGGUAAUUCGUGUUUUCUUUUUGUAUUGUUUUUAAUUGCUAAUAUUUUAUAAUCAAUUGAAAAAACUUGAUAAUUCUCGAAUAUUCUAUCUUUUAUUUAAAAUAAACUGAAAACAAG